AUGCACUGCUCUGCCUCGAUCACGCUGAUCUACAUAAACGUGCAUUCGCUUUGGUUUCUCCAACUUUUUUUCAUUCUUCAUCUCUUCCACCACGUGUUGAAGCUCAGCACCAUCUGUCAGCCUUCUGCUAGCCACCGUGCCACAGUCAGUUCGCAGCGCCUCGGCCCACCAUUUAGGAAACUUCUGUUCCAUGCGACCCACUGGCUGCCCAAUCUGCGCGGUAACCGUGGUGCUGAGGGCUCAUUGACAAGGUGACAAGCAGUUGUCCAGGCCUCUGGACCCCCAGGGAUACUGAGCACCGCCAAACAGUGGGCUUCCGGCAAGGCUCACACGUCAUUCAGCAGCAGCCUCAAUCCAUCGUCACACAGUCCGACCAAUCAACCCCCGCUAUCGACUGGAAAGCAAGGGAGGGGCAACACUAUUGUUCACUUCCACGGCCGGAGAGCGAGCAGCGGGGCAGUUUUGCUCGUCCUAAACGCCGACAGAUGCCGCCUACUGUGGUAGGUACCUUAGUGGUACUCCCCUCAUGUUCUGUCGACAAACAUCGAAUUCAACGAAGAAAUAUGAGGGGCAGCAUGAGUACCUGGUUGAUAGAACCAGCUUCGACAGCAGCUGCACUGUGCACAGCCGUUUUGG